AUGGAGCUAGCGCAGCAGGCGGCGACCGUGCUGCUCUGGCCCUUCACCACCUUCUACCAGACGUACCUAUGGUGCACAUCAUUCGCAGAUCGGCGGACGGAGGACUGGCUCCUGGUGAAGUCCCCGAUCCCGAUGCUGCUCAUCAUCGCCGCCUACCUGUGCAUAGUUCGGUACGGGCCCCGCAUCAUGGCGUCAAGGCCGCCCUUCCAACUGAAACCUUUUCUCGUCGUCUACAACUUCGCCGUCGCUGGGCUCAACCUAUACAUCGCCAUAGAGAUAUUGUAUUGCAUAACCAAGCGGAGAUACAGCUGGUUGUGCCAACUGGUUGACUACAGCGACCAUCCGUUAGAGAUAAGGAUAGCACGCGCGCUGUGGUGGUACUACAUGAGCAAGCUUAUCGAGCUGAUGGACACGGUGUUCUUCGUGUUGCGCAAGAAGGACAACCAGCUCACCUACCUGCACGUCUACCACCACUCGACCAUGUUCUUCUUCUGGUGGAUCGGCAUCCGAUGGGUCGCCGGAGGGUCUGCUGCCCCUGGUCCUAGCAUCAACUGCCUCGUCCACGUACUCAUGUACUCGUAUUAUGGCUUAGCUGCCUUGGGACCUUCUGUGCAGAAGUACCUCUGGUGGAAGAAGCAUCUCACGCUAAUACAGCUCGUACAAUUUUGCAUCGGCCUGGGCUUUGGCAUCAAUGCCAUCUUCAGUGGCUGCAAGUUCACAAGGUGGAUGCAAUACGCCUUCAUCGUGUAUGCCUUCUCUUUCCUCGUACUAUUUGGCAACUUCUACGUUCACGCUUACAGGAGCAGGUAUCAAGCCAAGGCAAGCAAAGCCAAGCAGCAGCUUGGGGAGCUGUCCCAAGAGGACAGCGAUUCCAUCGACAAGCAAUACCUCUUGCCCUCUCUGAGCACAAUGUGCUUUCCGGAAGGGGUCAUGGACAGUGACUUCAAGAAGAGGGAUUAGGAUGUCGAUACAUUGCCUUUGAGAAGGACUUGGUUCCCGUCAUUCUCUACGUCACUCGCAGAGAGCUACAUCGGUUCAAUGGCCCUACAUACUGUUCUAGGAUUUCAUAUAAUGGUCUUACUCAGUGCUGUGCGCAUGGAAAAGUUAUGGCUGCAUGCAUGGCUUGCGUGAUACACAUAUGCUACGGUCGUUCAGCCAAUCAGUAGAACGCGAGGCAGUAUGUGAUAGCAGCGUCCUAGACUUGUUUCUAUGAAACAUUCUCAUAGGGACAAAUUCUGUUUUGUGAUAGAGGCUCAGAAGUGUUUUAUCACAGGAACAGAAUGAGAACAUGCAAACAUUAUGUCAUUUAAACACUUCUCACAGCACAUGCAUGAUGCCUUGCUAGAAUGUGCUGCAAGUUUCAUUGCUGCAAGUGCUAUCAUCUAGCAAUAGUGACUGUUCAUUGCGUUGUGGCCUGUUGUAUAUUGUUUCCUCUUAGAGUUCCGGACAGCAAGUUCUAAAAUCACGUUUAGGGGCCUUGAAGUGCGAGGCUCAACAGCUUUCACAUGCAUCACAUAUUUACUAAAAGGUUACACGCACUUUCAUGUGACUGACCACUACUUGAGGCGUUAACAGCUACAGAUACUAUCAACAGGAGCUUGAUCACCGAAGACAAUGACGAUGAAUUGUUUGCAAGUAGGAGAAAUACCCGCUCCUGAAUGCGAGAACUGUGCCACAAUGAUAGAUGUGAAGACAACUCAUUCCUACAAGAACACCAUGAUGCUACAGUGGCCCAUGCAUUAACCCUGCAGUGCCCAUGUGAUGCAUAUGACAAAGCUAAUUCUCAUUCAGGGGACGUUGUUUGAAAGUAGUUUAAGAACUUUAAGCAGGGAGUCUUAAUGCACAUAUACCUUCUUAUUCACCUUCCAUCACUGCUUGAUUGUAGGUACGGUUCCAAGUUGAGAAGUCAGUACAGCAUGUAAAAUAAGCUGGGCAUUACAGGGUUAAGAUGUGCUAGCGCAUCCAUCGCAAGGGUGAAAAAAGAGAAGUGCAUUUCUCUCGUGCUAGGCAAUAGACAUCACAAUAGUAAUGCUGCCUUGAUAAUAGAAUAUGUUAGGAACUAAUGUUAUGAUAAAUAAAGCCAUCAACUUGCAUAUCGCAUUUUACACCAAACUUGCUCCAUAUUUUAAUGCAUGACUGUGGGGUACACAAGAAGGGAAGCAAGGAAAACAUUUUACACCUUGCCUGCAUAGAACACUAGAUGAUGUUUUCAACUACUUCGUGACUGAAAUAAAAUCAAGUUAAUACAACAA